AGUGAUUCCUGGAUAUCUACUACCUUAUAAAAGAGCUAGCCCUGUAUGCUGGAUUAACUAUGUAUUAGCAUUGUAAUCAGCAGUGAGAUACGGAGGACUGGUUGUUUGAUUGUAGUGUUUCUGAAGUGUUGGUGGAAUCCUCUCUGAUUGUCUCAUGGAGUUCAGUGAGCUACAAAGACAGAGCUCCACUAUAGGUAAGCUGUGCGACUACUGUUUUGUAGGUGUGGUAUGUUAGGUCUCAUCGGUACAGGUGUGCCUUUGUGUUCAGUGAUUUGCUUCCUGGUCACCUAGGAUUACUUGUUUUGUACUAUACAAAAUAUGCUAUUACAUGGUAAAGAGAGAUUUUCCAAGAAUGUAUACUUUAAAAUAUGCUUGAAUUAUGUGUACCACACAAGUAUAAUGCACCAACAGAUUGCAACUCUCCCAAAACUACAACCAAUCAACUACAUUGACUCUUUGGGCUGACUCAUGAUUUCACUCAUAAUUUUUCUCUGUAUAUAUCCUUGCCUUCCUCUGCCCUCUCCAAGCCCACGGUUACCAUGGUGCCCAGCAGUCGGUGAGGUUACGGAGUAAGUCGGUAGUGUCCAAUCAGAAUGGCCCUCAGUUCAACUGGGGUUCUCCCCCCUCAGAGGGGGGAGAGGAGGGUGACUCUGGACCCCCUAAGGACCUCAGAGAGCGGCCUAUGCCCAUGCGCCUGAAGAGAGCGAUACGGUAUGGGACCUCAGUGGUCAUAGUGGUCACUAGCGUCUCUGCCUCUGUGCAAUUCCUUUGUUGUUGUCCUGAAGGUGGCAAACAUAUUAUGCUAUAAUGAGCAAAUGUAUUGUACACUAUCUCCCUCACUUCGCUUCUCUUCUCUCUCAAAAUACUUCCUCUUUCUCUUCCUCCCCCCUGCUCUCCCUUCCAGGGAGGUGCAGCAGAUGCGUGUGCCUGUGGUGACUAGCUGGCAGUCGUGGAAACGGAGCAAGGCCAAGUCCCUGAGCAGGUUCAGAGCAGAUGCAGGGGGAGCCAUGUCCUACAUAGCUCUGUGGAGAAAGGCUCUGCAUAAGAUAGGAGGUGACAGAUUCAAUCAUACUGUCACUCAAUCAAAUCAGGCAAUGGUUAAAUCAAUGCAAUAUGAACUACAUACACAUCUAUAUCCUGGGCUGUAUGUAUGUGACAUAUACAGAACUUAACUAUAUGCAUUUGUUAAUGCAUACACACUCACCUCACACUAAGAUAAAGUUUUCCUCUAGGCUUUUAGCAAUAUCUAAAAGGUCUCGGUUCCACACGUCUAAUGCAGUGGGCUAAAUCAGGGUCACACAUAAUGUUUCUUGGUAGUCAAACAAAUCGACUUUGAAACAAAAGCAUACACCUCACACACAUGGUUAUGGUCUUAAAGAAAGAAGACACCUGUAUCAUGUCACAUAUAGAGUUUAAAUGUAUUACAUUUUGAGAUUGCAUCCCAAUAUCACCCUUUAUAUACGUUAAUGUUUUAUUUAUUUUUAUUAAUUCUGAAAUUCUGAAAAAUAUUAAUAACAUUCCAGGGCUACUGUCGUUGUCAAUAAUGUUGCCUUCACAUUCACAACAUGGCCCUGUGACCCCUGUCUUUGUAGGCCACUUUGGCGGUGGUGUCCAGUCCUACUUCAUGUUCCUGCGCUUCCUGGUGGUGCUCAACUUCCUGUCAUUCUUGCUGAUCGCUGGGUUCAUCUUCAUCCCCAGCAUCGUGUUCAGAUCCACCAGCAACAGUAACAUGACAGUGGACAGCACUGGUAAGGACAGCACUGGAGGAUGCAUUUUCAAACCAGGCCUAUGAUUGGUUAAAGGGUGAUGGCAUUGGAGUGACAUUCACAAUCUACAUUCCAGUCCAGUCUAUUUCCAUUAUUCUGUCUGUCUCCAAUAUAAAACAAUGUCUUCUCACUGUUCCCUGUAACAGUAUCAUAGCAACAGAUCUGCCUUAGAGGAUGGGGUUUUGAUUUAAUUGAGUGAUUGAAACUGAAAAUAUUGCAGCAGUUGUUACUGGUAUUCGCUCAGGGUUUUGAAAAUGGAGUCCCUCACAAAGUAGCAAGUUAUAGAACUCAGGUACGGUGGGAAACUUGAUCAAACGUGACCUUGGAGUAUCUUCAAACAACUGUGUGUGUGUCUCAGGUCCAGAGGCAUGUAGGGUCUAUGAUCCAAAUCUUCAAGGUCUGGUGGUGUUCUACCAGUACUUCCUGGACUUACUCUCUGGAACGGUGAGAAAACACAACAUGUGUAAUCUAGUCCUGUGUACCACUGGUUAUAGAUAUACUGAAUACAGCACAGAGAACAAUACUUCUCUGAAGUUCAGUUUGCAAAACAAUGUUGAUCUGUUUUAAGUGGCCUUGGCCUUUCACACACUUGUCUGUCUGUCUGUCCAUCUGUCUUUCUGUCUGUGUAUAACAUGUACAGUCUGUGUCUGCUUGUGGGUUUGUGUCAUUUUGUGCAGUUUAAGUUUAGUACGCUUCUAAUCUAGUAGGCUACACUCUCACCACUUCACACCCUCCACCUCUCUCCCUCUCCCAGGGUUUCAUGGAGUACUCCUACAUGUUCUAUGGUUACUAUAACAACACUGUGGCAGAGAGCAGUGGCUUCCACUACAACCUGCCCCUGGCCUACCUCCUCACCACCGUCUUCUACUUCGCCUUCUGUCUCAUCUGCAUCAUCGCACGGUACCUUCUGGAAUGCCCUACGCUUCCAUCUGCAUAUAAAUAGAAUGGACAUAACCAUUCUGGAAGCUAAUUAACCCUAAUGACUCACUGACCCCCCCCCCCCCCCCACACACACACUCCGAUUGGUCCCUUAUACAGCAUGGGGAGCGCACUUCGCAUUGCCGUGGCAACAGGCAGUGGUGCUGCCGGCAGUUACAGCAAGAUGGUGUUCACUGGCUGGGACUACGGUUGCCAGGGAUACCGGGCCACCAAACUCAAACAGAAAAGCAUCCACUACCAGCUACAGGUAGGAGCUCUGCCUCUUACUGCAGAGUCGCUGAAGAUGCACUCCUCUUUCCUCCCCUCUAAUUUCUCUGUAUGAUCUCUCUCCUCUAUUCCUCCCGUCUCCACUCUCUCUCUCUCCUUCCUCUGUCAGGUGGACCUGGAGGAGGAGAGGCUACAGAAAAAGGCUUUGUCUCUAACAUUAGGUCAGACAGUGGGUCUGUGUUCUCUACGCAUCUUCCUCAUGCUCGUCUCCCUCGCCCUCAUAGGAGGAGCUUUCUUUGGCAUCUUCCAGGCUACUGUCUUCAGCCAGGUCAGUCAGAAACAAAACAAAAACUAUUGACUGGAUGUUUGGCCUUUCAUCCUCUCCAUGUCAUAUUGAGUCAGUACAGGGAGGUGGGUAUCCUGGGGCUGUUCUAACCUUUUCUGGCUGACCUUUGCCCCCUCUCCCUGUGGUUUCUAGGCAAAGGUUGGAGCAGAGGGCAUUCUGGGCCUGUUCUGGGUUUACCUUCCUUCCAUCGUCAUCACAACAGGAAACUUUGUUGUGCCCUUCAUGUGUGACCAGAUAGCCCUGUUUGAGAGAUAUUCUCCUAGUACCACCAUCAUCAUGGCACUGUUCAGGUGUGUGUGUGUGUGCAGCCUCUGCCGAGUCCCUAGUUUCAGGCGUUUAUUUUACGCCUGCUAUGUUAGGUUAGCGUGUGUAUGACCUUAUCACUCUGCUAGAUCUUCACUUACCCAGUGUGUGUGUGUGCAUGCGUGCGUGCGUGUGAUUAUUUCCUGUGUCCCUCCUUCCUGUGUUCAGGUCAGUGUUUCUGCGUAUGAUAAGUCUGGGAGUGCUGCUGUUUACUCUGUGGAGUCAGAUCACCUGCUUUAAAGAGAGUAAAGACUGUCAGCUCUGCCAGUACAACAACAAGGAAUAUCCGGUAACCACUCUCUUAUAACAGCAUGGUAGCCUGGGUAGCAGUCAGGCUCUACUUUAGCAGACUUGUCUUCAGAAGGCUGAAUAGAUUAUAUCUCCAUCCGAUUAUACCUACAGUACAGUACACGUAUCAACCAUGUUGCAUCAUCUUUUCUUCUCUUUUACCACCCAUGCUAUGUCUGUCUGUCUUGCUGCUGCCACCCAGUGCUGGGAGACGCGUGUGGGACAGGAGAUGUACAAACUGGCCUUGUUUGACUUCCUCAUUACCAUCGCCAUGCUCAUUCUGGUGGAGUUUCCACGCAGGUAGUGUACACUGUACACCCUACUGUGGUGUAACUCAAUCUAUGAGCAAGUCAUCCUCGAUCACAUUUAUUGAUAAUCUCUUCUUUCAUACUGUGGCAGGUUGUUUGUGGACCACUGCUCCUGUGCACUGACCCGGUGGGUAGGUCGUCAGGAGUUCUUGGUGCCUCCCAAUGUGCUGGGUCUGGUCUAUGGUCAGACAGUGGUGUGGACCGGAGCUCUGUUCUGCCCUCUGCUGCCUCUCAUCAACACACUCAAGUUCUUCAUCCUCUUCUACUGCAAGAAGGUCAGGCUGCUCUCAAUACUGUACCAAUAAUGGAAAUGUAAUCAAUUCAUUUUGUGAAAGGUUUCUCAAGUUAAAGUUUGGCCCCAGAAGAGUUUCCCUUCACUACACAACCACAGUAACCCCCUUCUCUCCCCCCUUCCUCCUAAUCUCUCCUCCUUCUCCAGGUCACUCUGUUUUCUAACUGUCGUCCGGCGGUGAAGACGUUCCGCUCCACCACCUCCACUAUCUUCUUCCUGGUGGUGUUGCUGUUCGGCUGGGGCCUCGCCCUCGUCGCCAUGAUAUACAGUCUGGCCCAGUGAGUGCCUGACUCUGGCUAUGUCUGAAAUGACACCCUAUUCACUAUAUAGUGUACUACUUUUGACCAAGGACUAUAGUCAAAAGUAGUGCCCUAUAUAGAGAAUAGGGUGCCACUUCGGACACAGCCUCUAUCUCUACUGCAGUAGGAAGUUAUACAGUGCAGGGAUAGUAGAGUGGCAAAUGGACCAGGUUUAUUAGUGGUGGUAGAUGGUGAUGGUGUUGAUAUGUCAUCCUCAGGAUCCAUCCCUCUAUGAGCUGUGGUCCGUUCCGCUCACUCACUAUGAUGUGGAGUAUCGUUCCCAACACCUUCUACACUCUCUCCCUGACAACACAGGACUUCAUCUUCUACAUGGGCUCCCAGGCCUUCUCCAUCCCCCUCUUCAUUUUCUCCUGGUGAGUCCCCUUGUCUUACUGAUCUCUUCUUCUCCUGGUGAGUCACCUUGUCUUACUGAUCUCUUCUUCUCCUGGUGAGUCACCUUGUCUUACUGAUCUCUUCUUCUCCUGGUGAGUCCCCUUGUCUUACUGAUCCUCUUUCCUGGUGAGUCACCUUGUCUUACUGAACUCUUCUUCUCCAUGUGAGGCACCUUGUCUUACUGAUCUCUUCUUCUCCUGGUGAUCACCUUGUCUUACUGAUCUCUUCUUCUCCUGGUGAGUCGCCUUGUCUUACUGAUCUAUUCUUCUCCUGGUGAGUCCCCUUGUCUUACUGAUCUCUUCUUCUCCUGGUGAGUCCCCUUGUCUUACUGAACUCUUCUUCUCCAUGUGAGGCACCUUGUCUUACUGAUCUCUUCUUCUCCUGGUGAUCACCUUGUCUUACUGAUCUCUUCUUCUCUGGUGAGUCACCUUGUCUUACUGAUCUCUUCUUCUCCUGGUGAGUCGCCUUUGUCUUACUGAUCUCUUCUUCUCCUGGUGAGUCCCCUUGUCUUACUGAUCUCUUCUUCUCCUGGUGAGUCGCCUUGUCUUACUGAUCUCUUCUUCUUCCUGGUGAGUCCCCUUGUCUUACUGAUCUCUUCUUCUCCUGGUGAGUCCCCUUGUCUUACUGAUCUCUUCUUCUCCUGGUGAGUCCCCUUGUCUUACUGAUCUCUUCUUCUCCUGGUGAGUCCCCUUGUCUUACUGAUCUCUUCUUCUCCUGGUGAGUCACCUUGUCUUACUGAUCUCUUUAUCCGAUUGUCCAUUUAUUUUUAACUCAUCUUGCAGGUACAUGGGUCAGUGUGUUACUGUCUAUGUAGUUGCUGUCUACCUUGUGUUUGAUGAUUUAAUAUUGCUUUGUAACUCUACAUAUGGGAGGACCAUAUCUGCAUAGACCCAUAUGGUAAGCAUGUGUUAUUUCCAUGUGUGCUGAGUGCUGUACAUAAGACUCUGACUGUGUUUGUUGCAUAAACAUGGCUCUCCUCUCUCUCCCUGUCCUGAUAGUGUGGUGCUGUGUUACGUAGCAGCUCUAGCUGCAGUCUAUGGGAAGAGUGUUGAUCUGCUAAAGGCCCAGCUUAAACUGGUAAGUGAUGGAUGGGGGAGAAGUCCUACAUGACAUGAUCAUGAUGCAAAAAAUAUGUUUGAAACAAAACCAUGUCCAUGACCCAUACUCAAGCUUAACCUUGUAUAACAGUGUAUUUAACUCUAACAGGAGGGACGUGAUAAGCAGUUCCUGGUCAAGCAGAUUGAAGAGCUGAGUAGAGAGAUGGGGGUUCCAACAAGGGCCCAAGCGGACACCUUUGACACUGGUCCAGCAAACUGACUCAGUCACCAGGCUCAAACCCACAGCCCAUAUCCCGGCCCAAGGCACUCCUUGUAGAUUUGAUAGGCUUAGAUAGGUUUUGCAUGUGGCAAUCGCACAAAGCACAUAUCUACACCUUCACAAAGCACUUUACAAUUGUCACUCUCUAGUGUAUGAUAGCUACGUUUAUUGAGGAUUUUUUUUAAACUUAUGACUGAGUGGUGGUUGUCUCACCUAGCUACAGAAUCUUAAGAUGAAUGCACUAACU